AUGACGAAGCAAGGAGAGACACGACCAAGUGGUGCGAGUUCCAUGACCAAGUGGUGCGAGUUCCAUGGCGACCAUGGACAUAACACCCCGGACUGCAUUGCCCUACGGUUGGAGGUCGCCACACUAUUGAAGAGAGGACAUCUCCGAGAUCUGCUGACAGAUAAAGGGAAGAGUACUAUCAGCCAUAAAAGCACGAACGAAAAAUCUCCACCUCCGCGGGAACCUAUGCCAAAAGGAUUCUGCAAUAUCAUCUCAGGAGGGUUAGAGAUCAAUGGGGUAAGUUACUCCUCAGCCAAACGCUACGCCAGAGCCAAUAGCCACCAUGAAAUACAAUCUAUCCACCCGUCCUCUCAGUCACAUUCCCACCAGGUAAUUAAGUUCGAAGACGAUGAGCCGGUCACCCUGGCAGCCCCUCACCAUGAUGCUUUAGUUGUCGCUCUCCAGAUUGCGAACAUUCUGGUCAAGAGGGUAUUCAUAGACGGGGGAUCAUCAGCAAACAUUCUGUUCUUGAAGUAG